UGAGGGUUCCUGGCGCCAGCAUGUCACGUGACUUUACCGGAAGAGCGACGAUGGGGAAAAUCUGAAGAAGUUCCUGCCCUGGCAGUGGCUUCCUCUUCUUCCAGUGUGAUUGUCUAAUGGCAGCUGUUUGGCAGCAGGUUUUGGCAGUGGACGCAAGGUACAAUGCUUACCGCACGCCCACCUUCCCACAGUUCCGAACUCAAUACAUCCGCCGACGCAGCCAGCUGCUCAGAGAGAACGCCAAGUGUGGCUUUGAGCCAGGGCUGCGCAGGCAGUAUCUGAGGCUGCGCAGUCAGCUGCUGGCCCUGCGCUACGGGCCCCUGUCAGAGCAAAGCAGCUUUAGGGCCAGCAGUGUGCGCAGCUCCCGCACCACACUGGACCGCAUGGAGGACUUCGAGGAGGACCCUCGUGCCCAAGGUGCUCGUGGCCAUCGCCGGUCCGUCAGUAGAGGCUCCUACCAGCUGCAGGCCCAGAUGAACAGAGCUGUCCAUGAUGAAAGGCCUCCGGGCAGUUUGGUGCCAACAUCAGUGGCUGAGGCGAGUCGAGCCAUGGCUGGGGACACAACUUUGAGUGAAAACUAUGCUUUUGCUGGAAUGCACCACAUAUUUGACCAGCAUGUUGACUCUGCAGUUCCACGGUUGCAGUUUGCUAACGACGACAAGCACCUCCUGGCUUGCUGCUCGCUUGACGGCAGCUUGUCCAUCAUGACACUUUCCCCGCCUCCUGCUAGCGUAAAGGUGACCCUGAAAGGUCACGGAGGUCCUGUCACAGACUUUGCCUGGUCCCUCAGCAAUGACGUCAUCGUGUCAACAUCACUAGAUGGGACCCUGCGGAUCUGGAACACAGAGGAUGGACGGUGCAUCCGAGAGGUCCGAGACCCAGAAUCUAGCGAGCUGCUCUGCUGCACCUUCCAGCCGAUGAACAACAACCUCACCGUGGUGGGGAACAGUAAACACCACCUGCAGGUGGUAAACAUCUCCACAGGGAAGAAGGUGAAGGGUGGCUCCAGCAAACUAACAGGCCGGGUACUGUCACUGUCCUUUGAUGCUCCAGGGAGGAUUCUCUGGGCAGGGGACGACAGGGGCAGUAUCUUCUCCUUCCUCUUUGACAUGGCAACAGGUAAGCUGGCAAAAGCCAAGCGCCUGGUGGUAAGUGAAGGCAGCUCCAUCUGCAGCAUUUCUGCUCGCUCUUGGAUUAGCCGAGAGGCCAGGGACCCCUCCCUGCUGGUCAAUGCUUGUGUCAAUAAGCUGCUGCUCUACAGGGUUGUGGAUAACGAAGGUGGGCUACAGCUAAAGAAAAGCUUCUCCAUUCAGCACGGCUCGCAGCUGGUCCACAGCAUCUUCUGCCCCCUCAUGUCCUUCAGACAGGGUGCCUGUGUUGUGACGGGAAGCGAGGACGCCUGCGUCUACUUCUUUGACGUUGAACGCAACGCUAAGGCAAUAGUGAACAAGUUGCAGGGUCACGGGGGACCAGUGCUGGAUGUCAGUUUCAACUGUGAUGAGAGCCUACUGGCCUCUGCUGAUUCCACAGGCAUGGUCAUCAUCUGGAGGCGGGAGCAAAAGUAACCAAUCUACCAAUAAUAAAGCUUCCGUGCUGCACGUGCAGACAAACCUGCUGUUAACCGUCCAGAAAGUCUGUAGAUUUUUUUAAUUGUAUUGAACAAGCUGCUCUUAGACUUCAUUGGCAUUCUGGUCAAGUGCAAGCAGAACACAAUGCUGCAUUGGUGGUGGGGACAUCUCGAAAAACUAUUAAGGUCGUGGUCACUUUUUGUGUGUAUGCAUUUGUGAGUCCUUUGCACCUGAUUUUGUGUUUAUACAAAGAAAGAUACUAUCCUAUGCAUGUUUAUUGACAGAAUGAAUGUGCAAGUGUUACAAUGACAAACUCCAGAGAAGACAUUUCAGACACCGUCAGUUCCUCUGGUGUAACAAUUGUUCACUCUUUAUGUAUCUGUUAUUGUAUGUGUUGUUUAAAGGCCUUAUUUGCUUUACAAGUGUGUGCACUGUCUUAGUUUUGAUUUGAGACCAUCUGCAUUAUUGUAAUUUUGUAAUUAUGUUUGUUUGUGUGUAUUUAUUGCAGAUGCUUAUAACUCAAUUUAAUGCACAUCAAAUAAAUUGCUGUAACUGACAAA